AUGGCAGAAGGUGGUGGAAACGACGAUUUUUCCGGGUUCGCAGAAGCUCUCACACAAGAGUUGCUGAAGCAAAUGGCGGAUCAAAAUUCACGGCUGUUACUUCUUCUCUUUUUUCGCUUUUUAAUGCAGCAGGCGGCACCGGCAACAAACAAACGAAGUGUUGAACAGAUUGUCGAAUCACUGUCGUCGACAAUCGAGGAAUCUUCCUAUGAUCCAGCAGCUGGUAUGACAUUUGACCGGUGGUUCAAUAAAUACGAGGAACUCUUCAGUGCGGAUGGUAGAGAGCUAGAUGACGCAGCAAAAAUACGCCUAUUAUUGCGCAGUUUAAUCGUCCAUGUUCAUGAGAAAUUUACUAAUUAUCUCCUACCAAAACACCCACGGGAUUUUACCUUCGAAGAGGUAGUCCAGAAACUGAAAGUGAUAUUCGGUCAGAAGAAAUCUCUUUUCAGUGAGCGCUACGAAAGUUUCCGUCUGGUUAAAAGCGAUGCUGAUGAUUUCGUCACCUUCGCUGGAAUCGUGAAUCGUCAAUGUGAAGAUUUUGACCUAGCUAACCUCUCAAACGAUCAGUUCAAAGCAUUGAUUUUUGUCUGCGGUAUGCAAUCUCCGAAGGAGGCGGAAAUAAGAAUGCGUCUUCUAUCCAAACUAGAGUCGGAAGCUGGAAGGGAUAGCAACCUCAAAGUGCUAAUCACGGAAUGUCAGCGGCUGUCUAAUCUCAAGCACGACACGGCGCUAGAGGAAAAACACUCUGCUUCGAAUGUCCAAGCGAUCCAAGGGACACAAAGAAGGAUACUACAGUCACAGCCGUCCCAGCCACCGCAUUCGAACCAAAGUAAGCAAAACAAAAAGCGAAAUAAGAAAGCAGACAAACAGAAACAGAACCAAUCAAACAGCAUCCAUUCGGUCAACCAAGUGCGCAAUGAGCGGAAGUAUGUGACAACUCGGAUCAACGGUCACACAGUGAAUCUUCAACUCGACAGUGGCUCGGAUAUUACUAUCAUUUGUGAGCAUGCUUGGAAGAGGUGUGGAUCCCCUGUUUUUUCGCAAACUAAAAACAAAGCACACACAGCGUCUGGUGAACAGUUAUCGCUUCUGGGAGAGUUUACCUGUUCAAUGCAAAUCAGCGGUGAGCAACGUAAUGGAACCUGCUACGUCACGUCAGUGGAUGGACUAAAUCUACUUGGGUUAGAUUUCAUAAACGCAUUUAACCUCUGGGCGAAACCGUUAACCAACAUUUGCAAUCAGGUGAAUCGUUCCGGCUCAAAAAAUGACGUAAACUGGUACCUUACACGUUUUCCGAAGGUUUUUAGUGAAUCUUUGGGUCAUUGCACGAAGGCAAAAAUCAAGCUUUAUUUGAAGGCCAAUGCGCGACCGGUGUUCAGGCCAAAACGACCGGUACCAUUUCACGCUGUUUCCAAAGUCGAUGAAGAGCUCGCUCGACUUCAGCGGCUACACAUUAUAACGCCAGUGGACUACUCCGACUGGGCAGCACCAAUUGUUUCGGUCAGGAAGCCGGAAGGCAAAAUUCGAGUAUGCGCGGAUUAUUCCACGGGGCGGAAUGCAGUGCUCGAACCGCAUCACUAUCCGCUACCGUCACCCGAUGAGAUUUUUUCGAAAUUGUCAGGAAAUAAAAUUUUCAGCAUUAUCGAUUUGUCUGACGCCUAUCUUCAGGUUGAGGUAGACGAUGACUCAAAGGAAAUGUUGACGAUAAAUUCACAUCGUGGUCUUUUUAAAUUUAACCGCUUGGCCCCGGGAGUGAAAUCGGCUCCGGGUGCUUUCAACAACUUAUGA